AUUUAUAUGUUGUGGUGACACAAUGACAGUGAAAUAAUAUAUACAUGCAAACAUCUCUUGAUACAAUACGUAUUCCUUUUUUAGGAAGGUCGGGGUGCAAUGCAAUAAAAUAUUCCAUAACUCAAAAUAAGUAUCGUUUACAUAAUAUAUUCCAAAAAUGUGUGACUUGGUGUUGGUGAGGAUCAAACACUUUUGGGAAUAUAAAAGGAACGAUAUUUAAUUUGAGUUAAUGAAUAUUUCAUUAAAUGAGUAACCUAUGCAAAAUAACGAUAGACAUCUGAUAAAAAAAAUUAUGAAAUUAAUAUAAUGAAAAAAUAAGUAAACAUUUUGAAAAUCUUUUUGUAAUCAAAAUUAAGUUUCAGUGCGGACUUAUAAAAAAGUACAUACUUAUGUAGAUAUAGGUUCAAGUAUUACAUAUUCAAUAAAAGCUAAAAGAGCACUUCAAGUGCAUGGUAAAUAAUGAGAAAAGGAAAUAUUUCAGUCAAUGCUCAUCAUUUUUUUAAUAACCGCGAUUAGAUUGCAAUUUAUUCGGGAUAAGAGUUAAGCUAUCGAUAAUUUACACAAAGAAUUCAGACCAAUUUGUGCCAGUGCUAUUCGAAUCUCUUGACUUUAUCUCUGAACCGGCACAUGCUUAAACUGAUGGCAUAUCGUGAAGGGUCUAAAAGCAUGAAAAGCUAAAUUGCGAUUUAACAACACUCGAUUGAGUUUUAAGUGAAAACAUAGUGAAGAUUUUUAUCUUGUCGUACGACACUUUAAAUUCUGUUUUGUCAUCGUCGUAUAAAACACCGGCCGAUUGACACUUGUCUAAACAGAAGGCAAGGGACAGGAAGACGACAUCAGAGAUAGGUCGGUAGAUACUACCGUCAGUGAUUGCGUGAACCCUGUUCCGAUCCCAGCCACUGACUGAGGAUAGACUUAUCCCUUUUUUAUUCUCUUAUUAUUAAGUUGUCAAUGUCAACUUCCCAGUCUCUUGUUCUCUCUUUGAGAGAGCAUACAAUUCUAAACAAAGCUGCACAUAUUCUUGAUUCUGUCAAGAAAUUGGUCCCCCAACAACAAACUACUAUCAGGAAUUCCUUGGCUUAAAAAUACAACCCGGAGCAUCUUGUCAAUGUCUAGUCAUCCACCAUGCACAAAACACAGGUAGAAUUAAAGGCAACGGAAUUCUAUUUUUGAUUGAAUUCUUUAAAGAGAUGAUUAAAUAAAUCAAAACAUCAAACAGGGAAAUACUGAAUCAUUUCACCUUAUUUAAACGAUCUCUUCAAAAAUAUUACACUUCUAUUAACAUAAUUGUAGAUGUUUUACGAUUUUUUGCAUCUAUCUUUAUUUCUAUGCGACGAAAACGUUUUCACCAUUCCCAAAAAUUAAUUAUCUGUAAAUCAUGUUAACCUUUUGAAAUUUAAUUGAAAAAUAUAAGGAAAAUUCUUUACACCCAAAUCAUAAAAAGAUGACUAGGAUCUUCAAAAGCCCAACACAUUCCUUGUGACCAGCGAGAUAUGGAAUUGCCCCUUGCUUAGUGCACAUUCGGAAGUAAAAUUGUGUUUGUUUAUUAUUUUGCGACAUAGUUCAGCGCAUCGUUUUGCCUAGUACGUGGUAACCUUUUAAGUUUUUGAUCAGCGGGAAUGACUUGGUAUUAAACACGUGCGGUAUAUCCCUUUGCCAUCCGAUCGUGAGUUGACUUCAUUACCUGCCAGGUCUUCUUCACGCAAUCAAAUCUGGUCAACUUUAACCGCUACGCUAUACCUAAUCCUAAUCCUCUUAGACGGAUUUCAGCUAGAUCUAUAAAGCACGUAAAUGUUUUUGCCAAUCAAAUAUUUUAUCAUUUAAAAACAUUCCAAAACACUGUUUUGAAGAGUCCGGCCAAAACCAGAUCAUUUUCUGUAAGGUUGACCAACAGUUCUGGAAUGGUUGGGACAAUAACACUGCUAUCCCCGAACAAAGAUCGUUUCGUUGUGAUCUCAUAGGAUGUGAUCAAGAUUAAAAAUACAUCUUUGAGGAUCAGAAAGUCAGAUAUGUGGAGACGAUAAGAAGGGAUGUAUUACAUUAAAUAAUCUCCUCUAACAAACGCGCAUAGUACCGAAAGAUUGACAAGGACUUAAUGGUUACACAAGAAGACACCAACGGGAGCUCUUCAACAAUUCAUUUACAAUGAAAAUGAAUCUGAUAUAUCUAUUUCUGUCUUUAAUUAAAGACCAAGAACUGCAAGUGUUAAGUUAUGUCAAAAGUUAUAUCUGUGUUUGAAUUUAUAAGCUAUUUAAGUAAUCGUUUUGUAAUACCAUACCAUGAUAAACCUCUCGAACCAUUGCAUGUUCAAAAAACACACAUCAUUCUAUAGUAUUGGUAUCAGCUUAUGAUAGUUAAACUUAAAGCAACAUUUUUUAUGGUUUUAUGAUUGGCACUUUUAAAGGACCCCUCAACUCCGAACUGAACACGACAUGUAUUCUUUCAUUAAGUCUUGUAAAUGUUCCCAUUAUCUAUGUUGAGGUCACCAGUGCGCCAGGAAAGUGUAGGGUACAUUUUUGCCACAAGGCCUCUCAGGUUCCAAUAGGAAACACAUCGGCGUAUUGUUCUAUUGUUAAGGAAGCGCAUUGCUCUGUUGGCCUACGCAUGACGAGACAUGGUUUUUUACCUUAAGCGAGCCCACCUUUGCACCCCGAUGAGUAAACGGCUCCGUUGAACCGACCAAUGAGGGUAGGGGUGUUAAACGACUCAAUAACAUGUCAAUUGCUCCCGUCAAAAAAACUUUGUGCGCAUUUAAAGGGCGUGGGUUCAGAACUAAAAUCAGUCUUACUUUGAAUUUCGUGGGAUAAGCAUGGUCCAACCAAGUAUCAUGGAUCGCGAGGAAAAGGACGAUAUGGAGGCAAGCUUCCCUAUGGAGGAGUCCAACUUCCAUAAGGGAAACGUUGAAAGUGGACGGAAGUUUUGCUGUGAAAAUUGUGAUAAAGUUUUUACUGACCCAAGUAAUCUACAACGCCAUAUUCGGUCCCAACAUAUUGGAGCCAGGAGCCACGCCUGUGGAGAAUGCGGAAAGACCUUUGCAACAUCUAGCGGUCUGAAGCAGCAUCAGCACAUCCACAGCAGUGUCAAGCCAUUCCAAUGUGAAGUCUGUCUCAAAGCCUACACCCAGUUCUCCAAUCUCUGUCGCCACAAGAGAAUGCACGCCGACUGUCGUCAACAGAUUAAGUGUAAGGAAUGUGGCCAGGCCUUUUCUACGGUGACUUCUUUGAGUAAACAUAAAAGAUUCUGCGAAGGAGCUCUAAGAAAUGGGAUGCAGCUGGGAUACAGCCAAAUCGAGAAAGAAUUGAGCGGCGUUCCUUCAGUUGGUGUAGCUCCUCUGAACUCCGCACUGUUACUAGGCCUUUACCGCCACCCUAGUUACCCUCCCCUCUAUCAUCCAGCGGGGUCCACGUAUCCAUCACUAUCUGGAAACUUUUAUAGCGAUGUUCCCAACUCCUCACUUGCCUCAUUACCGCAUAAUCUCACAUCACCAGAAGAGUUUUUCAAAUAUCACAGAGCUCGCUUAUCUUUGGAAGUGUCGCGAGGUCAUUCCGGUAGAAACUCAGUUGAGUCCAACCUGUCAAACAAAUCUCUAGUAUCACCGAAAAGCGAUUACGAACAGUCCACUUCUGAUAUUGAGCUAGAUCACUAUCGAUCUUCUCCAUCUGAAUCGAAUAAAGCUGUGCCUAAUUUUGAUACCAAGUUGUUUCUGAAGAAAGAAGAGGGAAACCACGUUUCAGAACUUCCAUUCCAUAUCUCCAAACAGAGCACAAGAAAGCGGGUAUCAUCGGCGUCCUCUCGUUCUUCCAAUGAGCCUAUUUCAGAAGAUGAUGGCAGCGACCAACCCUUGGAUCUCACCAAGAAACCAAAAACGGAAAUUGCUACACCAGACAACAAAAGAAAAGCCCAUGUUUUUGGAUAUCAGCUUUCACCAGAUAUUCCAACUAGCUUCCCAUUUAGAAUGAAUAAUCCGUUUCUUCUGCAAUCACAUAUUUAUUCGAAAGACUUACCACAAUCAUAUGCAGAUUUCUCUCACUAUCUACCCAUUUCAAACGGAAGCUCAACAUUCACACUCUCUCAAAUUGGACAACAGAAAUUGGACCAAGAGAGAAAAAAUGGGAUUGCAAACCAUGGAUCCUCUCCCGCUAAUUUAGGGUCGUUUGCAUUUCAGCCAGGAAGCAAAGCACGAGAACGCUAUUCCUGUAGAUUUUGCGGGAAAGUCUUCCCAAGGUCAGCAAAUUUGACCCGCCACUUAAGAACACACACAGGAGAACAACCGUACAAAUGUAAAUACUGUGAGCGCUCCUUCAGCAUUUCUUCCAAUCUUCAAAGGCACGUCAGAAACAUCCAUAACAAAGAAAAACCUUUCCGAUGCGAAUUAUGUGACCGCUGCUUUGGUCAGCAGACCAACCUAGAUAGACAUGUGAAAAAGCACGAAACAGGCGGUGAAGAUCUAAGGGAUUCUCCUGUUGAUCCGGAACUUCACGACAGUCGACCAAGUUCUACCGAAAUUCCAAGCGAUGUUCUCGUAGAAAACGUAAAGACAACCGACAUUUCCUUCCAUGAUGACAUUAGCGACGAGGACAUUGCAGAUGAAGAUUCUGAGAGUGAGCCAGAUCCCGAAGAGAUGAGGAAAACUAUUUUGUCAGCGAAUGAAACUCAGACCAAAUCUGCAAACAGUGAACACGUUAGAAUCGAAACAAAUGGGUUUGCAAAGUAUCACCAUUUUGAAAUGCAGAAAAACAUUGUCGUUUGUCCCUCGUAACUAAACAAUAUUUACUCUGUUUUUUCUUUCUUUAAGUAUUCAAUCAGUUUAGUUUGUGUUUUAUUUUUUUCUCUCUUGCUGCCAUUUAUACGAUGCUGUGAUUAAUUAUAUGUAUAUGACGUACAAUUUUUGUAUAGUUUUAGUCUUAUACUAUUGUGUUAUUAUUUAUUCACAAAAGUGUUCAAAUGUAUAUAUUUAUUGUUGUAGUGCAAUUAGUUUUAUAAUGUUAGUAGUUCUAAACAGAUCGAAGUGCGCCUAAGUUUAGCUUCAGAAACUUUUGUUGUCAUAUAAAGUGGCAAUGAGUAUGAACUUUCACUAAUUGAUAAUCAACUCUUCACUUUGCCUGAUGAUGUAGAUAAAAUGAUUUAUGUAUAUCGUUACUUUUGGGUCAUGUAUUUAUAACUUCAAAUAGUUAUUUCGUUCAACACACUGAUGACACUAUUUAUUGCAAUAUAUACAAUUAUGAAAUAAAUUUUUUUUCUCAGAAAAAUG